AUGCGGCCACUCUCCUACCUGCCGCUGGCACCGGCGCCGCAGUUGCGAGCAAACCCUGGCCCCGGCCCCGGCCCCGGUCGCGGGCCCAGGCCGCAGCCGUGCGGGUUGCCGUUCCCCGACGCUCUCCGCGCGGCUGCGGCUGCCGCUGCGGCCGCGGCCGCCGUCUCCCUCUCUCUCAUCUCUGGCAACGCCGUGGGCGCGGUUUUCGCGGCGUCAGCGGCGCAGCCCACGGAGGUGUGCCGGAACGGGGGCGCGGCGAUGGUAGAGGAGGUGAGGGCCGAGGCGGUGACUAACGAGCAGCUCGUGGAGGAGGCGUGGGAGGUGGUCAACGAGAGCUUCCUCCCCGACGCCGCAAGCCGCCCGUGGUCGCCAGAGAUGUGGAUGCAAAGGAAGCAGGAUGUUCUCCAAGGCACAAUUAAAUCCCGUGCUAGAGCCCAUGAUAUCAUUCAGAAGAUGCUAGCGAGCCUUGGUGACCCUUAUACUCGGUUUCUAUCUCCCUCAGAAUUCUCAAAGAUGUCAAAAUAUGACAUGACGGGAAUUGGAUUAAACCUGCGGGAGAUUCCUGAUGACAAUGGUUCUUUUAAGUUGAUGGUAUUAGGGCUGCUGUUAGACGGGCCUGCUUACUCUGCCGGUGUUAGACAGGGUGAUGAGCUUUUAUCAGUCAACGGCGUUGAUGUAAGGGGUAAAUUUGCAUUUGAUGCUUCAUCCAUGCUGCAAGGUCCAAAGGAGACGUUUGUUACGAUUAAGGUUAAGCACGGUGACUGUGGUCCUGUUGAGUCAAUGAAGGUGCAGAGACAACUGGUUGCUCGAACUCCAGUUUUCUAUCGUUUGGAGAAAAGAGAAAAUGAUGAUUCAUCUGUUGGGUAUAUUCACAUUACAGAGUUCAAUGCAGUGGCCAAAAAGAUUUGGUUAGUGGCUGGAAUCGAGAUAGCAAAGCUCUUUCUGAAUAAAGGAGACACGGUCAUUUAUACUGCUGGCCGGGAUCAUCUAGUCCAAAACACAAUUGUUGCUGAAAGUGGACCUAUGAAUGAUACUCCCCUUAUGUUGCUGGUGAAUAAUAGGACAGCAAGCGCCAGUGAAAUAGUUGCUUCAGCACUUCAUGACAAUUGCAAAGCUGUUCUUGUUGGCGAAAGGACUUUUGGCAAGGGCUUAAUCCAAUCUGUGUUUGAACUUCAUGAUGGUUCUGGUAUUGUCGUCACAGUUGGCAAGUACGUGACACCAAACCACAAGGAUAUCAAUGGGAAUGGAAUAGAACCGGAUUACAACCGUCUUCCUGAUUUCAAUGAAGCAUUAUAUUCUGAAGGUUCUCUCACGAUAGAAUUUGAUGGGAAGAUGAAUGCUGUAGAGGAGCAGCAGCCGCCUCAGGUCAGCAGCAUGUCCAAGACGCUAGAUGGUGUUACCAAGCCCGGUCUGGGGAAAGAGCCCAUUCUAGGGAGCGAGCUCUGGACGGAUGGGCUCAUCUGUGCUUUCGAGCUGGUCAAGAGUCAUAGGAAGCCUGUUCAGCACAAAUCAUGGCCAGCAAUUGAGCAGAUGCAGGAGAAAGGCCCCACAAUGUACACAAGGAAGCACUCAAGAAGGAAUGGGCACCAGAUCACUGCGCCGAAAGCGGAUGAGAGCAUUGUGUUGGAAAACCCCCAUCAGACUGAUUUCAGUAAUGAUCCUUCAGUACUCAAAGAUAGGUCACUGUAUGCUGGGGAGAUUUUGGAUCAUAAAUGGGUGCCCAUCGGAUGGAGUAGGAUCGCUGAGCUGGUCCUCAGGGUUCAAUCAGACUCCAGCUGGGAGAAUGAGUUGAUGGAGAUGAGUGAUAGUGAGGAUGACUACACUGUGGCUGAUCUGGCAGCUCCAUACUGGCAGCAUCCUGUGGGCCCUACUUGGUGGUGUCAUGUAACCGCAGGCCAUCCUUCAAUCGAUGCAUGGUUGAAUAGCGCUCACUGGAUGCAUCCUGCCAUCAGAACUGCACUGAGAGAUGAGAGCAAACUGAUAAGUGACCGGAUGAAGUACCUUCUCUACGAGGUCCCAGUUAGAGUUGCAGGAGGACUGUUAUUUGAGCUUCUUGGUCAGUCAAUCGGAGAUCCAAAUCAUGAAGAGGAAGAUAUACCUAUUGUGCUUAGGUCUUGGCAAGCACAAAAUUUUCUUGUUACAACAAUGCAUGUCAAAGGCCCUUCAUCCAAUAUAAAUGUGUUAGGAGUGACUGAAGUGCAGGAGUUGCUUCUUGCUGGUGGAAGCCAAACACCUAGAUCAGUGCAUGAAGUAAUUGCACAUUUGAUCAGCCGUCUUUCACGUUGGGAUGACAGAUUAUUCCGGAAAUAUGUAUUUGGGGAAGCAGACGAAAUUGAAUUGAAAUUUGUGAAUAGGAGAAAUCGUGAAGAUCUUAAUCUUGUCAGCAUCAUACUAAAUCAGGAAAUCAGAAGGUUAGCAACUCAGGUAAUCAGGGUUAAAUGGUCACUUCAUGCAAGGGAAGAGAUAUUACUUGAGCUUCUCAGACAUUUGAGGGGUAAUGCCACAAGAGCUAUUUUAGAGAGCAUUAGAAAGUGUACAAGGGACAUGUUGGAAGAGCAGGAAGCUGUGCGCGGGCGCUUGUUCACUAUUCAGGAUGUUAUGCAGAGCACUGUUCGCGCAUGGUUACAGGAUAGAAGCCUCCGUGUUACACAUAAUUUGGCAAUUUUUGGCGGUUGUGGCAUGGUUUUAUCCAUAAUCACUGGCCUUUUUGGAAUCAACGUCGAUGGCAUACCUGGAGCGCAGAAUACUCCCUAUGCUUUUGGUUUGUUUGCGGGACUUCUCUUCUUUAUCGGGAUCGUCCUAAUCGGCGUGGGGAUGCUGUAUCUUGGGUUACAAAAGCCAGUUAACAGUGAGAAGGUGAAGGUGAGGAAGCUGGAGCUCCAGCAGCUGGUUUCGAUGUUCCAGCAUGAAGCAGAGCAGCAUGGCAAGGUCAGGGAAGGUCUUAGCCGGCAUGGCUCCCCACCGAGCUCAUCUGCGGCCUCUGAUGAAGGGUACAUUCGUAUUUCCUGA